AUGUCUGAAUUAGAAGAACUCAAAUUAGAUUUAGCUGAAGUCCAAUAAGUACUUUCAACUCUUAAACGCCAAACCAAUAUCGACCACUUGAAUAAUAGAGUCAAAUUUUUAGAAAACUCUAUUAAAAUAUUAACUCCUUAAAAAGUUGAAUAGCCAGAAUAAUAACAAUAAUAAAAAGAUUAGGACACUCUAAUAUAUCAAGGAAUUACAAAAUAUGCUUGGGAUUAAGAAGGGAAUAAAGUCAAAGUGUUUUUGAAUUUAGAGGGAAUUGGCUAGUUUCCUAAAGAGAAUAUCACUUCUUUUUUUGCUCCAAAUAGUGUAGAUGUCAAAAUUAAGGGCUACAAAGGUCUUAAUCACAGAUUUUCUAUUAAAAAAACAUUUGAUGAAUUGAAAAAUAAAGAAUGUUCUAUCAAAGUAACCAACAAUUCCAUUGUUGUAAAUUUGGUUAAGAAAGACCCAUAGAAUUGGGAUUAACUAAAUUAUAAGGGGAAAAUAAUCGAUACAGACCCAUCCAAAUUAGAUCAAUCGGACCCACAAGCAUCUUUAAUGACUAUGAUGAAAGAAAUGUAUUAGAAUGGUGAUGAAAAUAUGAAACGAACUAUAGCCUAAGCCUGGUCUAAAUCAUAGGAGGAAUAAGGUAUGAAAUGAGUUUUAGAAUAAAUAAAAAUAUUUGUUAAUUAUUUCUAUUUAAUA